AUGCCGAGCGACGAGCUGCCGGACCCGGACAGAUUAUACGGCGGGGCUCUCACGCCACGAGUCACCUUCCUGCUGUUCCAGAUGAAGCAUGAUGAAGCAAUGAUAGAGCAGCGGGCAGGCUUGGACCCCCUGCGGCUGCGCAUGCCCUCGCUGGGACGGAGCUGUGACUAUCAGAGCCUCGAGCCCCCGGCGCUGCGCCAGAUGCUGAAGCCGGGGUUCCCGGAGUUCCGCUGGUUGGGCAGCCGGCGCGGCAUCCUGGUGGGCCGCCUGCACCACGCGGAGCCGGCACCCAGCGGUGGUUUCGGGGCAGUGGCAGGAUGCAACGAAACCUGCCCAGCCCUUGGGCCGCCCGAGCAACUGGAGCCCGGUCACAGCCCGGCCUUGCGGGAGGGAGAUGUGCUCCUGAACUUCAACGGUCAAGCGCCUACGGGGAAUCUCCGGUCGGUGCACUUGAACCAGGGGGUUGGAGCCGCUGCUGUUAAAUGGAAGCGAGGCCACGAGCUCGACGAGAUGGGCUUCUGCAGCCUCUUCGGCCGGAGCCGAAGCAGCGGUCGAGGCGUCGCCUGCACUUCGGCGCUGCACGCGACCUUUGCGGGCAUCCCCGGCCGCGUGGGGGCGGAGGUGCAGAUGACGGUGUGGCGAGAUGGCCGGGAGCAGGAACUCCAGCAGGCCCUUGGGGCGGCGCAGUACCUGGUGCCAAGGGGCCAGUACGACGUGCGCCCGCGCUUCUUCGCGGUGGGCGGCUUGGUGUUCCAAGUCCUCAGCCCGGAGCCCAGGGUGUCGGUUGCGCUUGGUGUAGUUAUGAAGCCGCGGAACCGACGCCAUGUCCUGCUUCCCUUGGUCUUGGCGUCUGGCUUGGCCUUCUUAGGGCCGCCUCCGGUCGGCAAACCAAGCGGCCGGGUGGCCAGCCAAGCGCCAGAGGCGCUGGCUGUUGCCUCCGCACCCGUGUGGUUCGCCUCGCCGGCGUGUGCUGCAGAUUCCCUGGAGUCGGCCGGGGCGGCGUACGGCCACUACUUGUCGCUGAUCGUGGCUGCAGGAUGCUUGGUCGCGCACCGGCUGAAGAUCAAGCCAGGCAUGUCGAAGGAGGAGGAAGAGGAGCUGCGCACCGUGGACGCGGUCUAUGUCGCCUCAUCGGUGCUCUUCAUCUUCACGGGGCUCUGGCGCAUCAGCUACGACAAGGGCUGGGACUUCUACCAGCACGAGCCCAUCUUCUGGGUGAAGCUGCUUCUGGCGGGCGUCUAUUUUUCGACCUCCACCUUCGUCACCGCCUCGCUGCUGAAGCGGAUCUCCAAGCCGGAGCUGCAGUCCGCUCCCAUCGGUGAGAAGCUUGUGACGCGCAUGACCCAGGUGAUCAACGCGCAGCUCCUGGCGCUGGGAAGCAUCCCCUUGGCGGCGACGCUGAUGGCCCGCGGCGUGGGCUACUUGGAGUGGCUUCCCUGGCAGCCGGGCGCGGCAGUGACGCUGCUGGCGACUGCGGGGCUGAGCGCCAGGUACAUCAAGGAAGCGCUCGACUUCGACGAAACGGCGGAGUGAGCCUGCCGUUUGCUGAGAUGAUUGUUG